AUGGCGGCGGCAGCGGGCGGCAGGAGGGCCAAGGGCCCGCGUGGGGCGGCGGCGCGGCGGCGGCCGCGGCCGGCGGCACCGGGCGCCGAUGGAAGACCGCGGGCGACGGCCGGUCGGCCCGCCGACGAGGAAGUGUCUAGCGACUCCGAGACAGAGAGCCCGUUCCUGGGGCGGCGGCGGCGAGAGGCAGCGGAGGAAGAGGUGGAGGAGACGCCGCAGGAGAAGAAGCUGCGCUUGGCUAAGCAGUACCUGGAGGAGCUCCGGCAGCUCGAGGAGGAGCGGGCGGAGGAGGAGGAGGAACUCGAGCCGGCGGAUCUCAUCGGCGACCGGCUGAAGGAGGACGUGUUGGAGCAGAGGGGCCGGCUACAGCGCCUGGUCGCCAAAGAUGUACAGCCUCCAAAUCCAGCCAGGAUCCGUGUGCUGCGGGGACACCAGCUGCCUGUUACCUGCCUCGUCAUCUCUCCUGAUGACAGAUUCAUUUUUUCUUCUUCCAAGGACGGCUCCCUCAUCAAAUGGGAUGUGGACAGUGGGAAGAGGCUGUGCGUGGUGCCUGGGGGGAAGAAGGGCACGGAGGAGCGGCACAUGGGGCAUGCAUCCCAAGUCCUUUGCAUGGCCAUUUCAUCGGACGGCAAGUACCUGGCUACGGGAGACAGGAACAAGCUGAUCAUGAUCUGGGAUGCAGCCACCUGCAAACGCCUGCACAUCUUCACAGGGCAUCGCGAUGCCGUUUCAGGCCUGUCCUUCCGAAAGGGCACACACCAGCUGUAUAGCGCUUCCCAUGACCGCUGCGUCAAGGUCUGGGACGUGGCAGAGAACGCAUAUGUGGAGACCCUGUUCGGACACCAGGACGUCAUCACAGGGCUGGACAGCCUGAGCCGGGAGCGCUGUGUGACUGCAGGAGGACGGGAUGGCACCGUGCGGCUCUGGAAGAUCCCUGAGGAAUCACAGCUCGUGUUUUCUGGGCACCAGGGUUCCAUCGACUGUAUCCAGCUCAUCAACGAGGAGCACAUGGUGUCUGGUGCUGAUGAUGGCUCUUUAGCCCUGUGGGGGCUGACGAAGAAGAAGCCACUGGCACUGGCUCGGCAGGCGCACGGUGAGCAGGACACCCAGGGCCUGCAGCAGCCAUACUGGAUCUCUGCAGUGGCUGCCCUGCGCAACAGUGACCUCCUGGCCACAGGCUCCCACAGCGGCAGUGUGAAGCUCUGGAAGUGUGGUGAAGGAUUUCGGAAGCUGGAGUGCCUCUUGGACAUUCCCUUGGUGGGUUUUGUCAACAGCCUCAAGUUCUCAGCAGCUGGUGACUUUCUGGUGGCUGGCGUUGGGCAGGAGCACCGGCUUGGACGGUGGUGGAGAAUCAAAGAAGCCAAAAACAGUAUCUGCAUCAUCCCCCUGAAGCAGAAGACCACAGCCCCUAGCCCUGAAUCCCCUGGUAGCUCCUAACCCCGGUCCAUGGAGCCACUGGAGAAGGUCAUUCUGGUGCUGUAGCUGUGCCCCCCAUCCUUAGUGCAGCCACCACCCUGAGAGCGGCAGGAUGUGAAUGGAGGUUGUCACAUUGUCCCUGAUUCUGCUGGCCCCCAUGUUAAUGUGGCUGCGCCCUCUGCGAGGGUCUGUCCCCCUCUCUGAGGUUUGGCUGUAGCUGAGCUCUGGAACAAUCCAUUUUGUAAAAAAAAAAAAAACAACACCAAAACCACUUUAUUUACAUAAAUUACAAAAAAAAAAAAAUCACACUUUUCACAGAAAAAAAUCUACUCUUAAAAACUUGGUUUGGCUCAAAUACCUGGGUCCUGUUGCUUGCCCUGAGCCUCCAACGUCACCCCCUGGGCUCUGCAGGGGCUGGGGUCAGUGGACUUUUGUCUGCCCCUGCCCUGUCUCCCACAAAGGGAUGAGAAGCGCCACACACAGGGAGGAUAGCGAUGGAGGGGCUUGGGCCCAGCCCAGCCACGCUCAGUGGCUCUCCUGGGGCCAAAACCGGGAGGAAGACAUGAAAUUAUAAAGCGCUGGAGGAAGGGUGAUGUGGUCCGAGGCUUGGAACAGGAGAUGAUGUG